AAGUCUUCAAGUGCGGAAGAAGCGCUCAGUGUGUCAGUCUCAUAUGGGAUGGUUUUCUCUCAGUUUGUAGGAAAAUAAGAAUAUAAUUCAGAAAAAAAUGCAUUUAAGAUUUAACUGUAUUUCUAAAGUUUUUAGUUUGUGAAUGCAGAUUAUUAAGCUGUUUUUUUAGCGCCCUGUUAAUCAAUGAUGCGGAGAGUGACUCUGUUUAUUAACGGAACUUCCCGGAAUGGAAAGGUGGUCGCGGUUUACGGCUCUCUGGUUGAUUUAUUAUCUGUAGCGAGCGCCAAACUGGGAAUCAAAGCUGCGAGCAUCUUUAACUCUAAAGGUGGACUGAUAGACGACCUCGCUCUGAUCAGGGAUGAUGAUGUUCUUUAUGUGUCUGAAGGAGACACCUUUGUUGCCCCCCUUCGAGACCCGGAAGCGCCACACUUUAACGCUCACACUGAUUGGCUGACGCUGAAUGUUGGCGGUCGUUGCUUCACCACAACCCGGAGCACGCUGGUGAAGGAGCCGGAGAGUAUGCUCGCCCACAUGUUUGGAGAUAAAGAUGUUUGGGGGAACAGGCAGGAUGACUGCGGUGCGUAUCUGAUUGACCGCAGUCCAGAUUACUUUGAGCCCAUUCUGAACUACCUGAGACAUGGCCAGCUCAUCGUCAACGAUGGGAUCAACCUUCGAGGGGUUUUGGAGGAGGCUCGUUUUUUUGGAAUCGAGCGUCUCGCUGAGCAACUGGAGACUGUUAUCAGGAAUUCGCAGCCUGCUGAUGAUCACUCUCCCAUAUCCAGAAAAGAGUUUGUUCGUUUUCUGCUCGCUACACCGACAAAGUCCGAGUUACGCUGUCAGGGUCUGAACUUCAGUGGCACUGACCUCUCGCGGUUGGAUCUGCGCUACAUUAACUUUAAGAUGGCGAAUCUCAGCCGCUGUAACCUCACACAUGCCAACCUCUGCGGAACCAACCUGGAGCGAGCUGACCUGUCCAACGCCAACCUGGAUGGAGCAAAUCUGCAGGGAGUGAAGAUGCUCUGCACCAAUGCUGAGGGAGCUUCGCUGAAAGGCUGCAACUUUGAAGAUCCUGCUGGACUCAAAGCCAAUCUGGAGGGUGCUAAUCUGAAAGGAGUUGAUAUGGAGGGCAGUCAGAUGACCGGUAUUAACCUCCGGGUGGCAACGCUGAAGAACGCAAAGCUAAAGAACUGUAACUUACGAGGAGCCACGCUGGCCGGAACUGAUCUGGAGAACUGUGACCUGUCUGGCUGUGACCUGCAAGAGGCGAACCUGCGCGGCUCCAAUGUUAAAGGUGCCAUUUUUGAGGAGAUGCUGACGCCUCUCCACAUGUCCCAGAGUGUACGAUAACUGGAAUAUCCAUUCAUCCCUUCUAUCCUCUCCUCACACUGACCACAGCGGCUCUGUCAGAGCUCUGACUUUUCUAAGUAAUGAAAAUCAGAAAUGGAUACUGCAGUUGAGGAUGAUCUGUUGUUUCAGUGUUCACAGUCGAGCUGUGGAGUGUUAGCUCAGUUUAGCUGUAGAUGAAAGUGUUUGUACAGAAAUGUUUAAUACUGAAUUGUAUCAUUUUAAAGAGUUUUUCUGUUUAAAGUCGAUUCAAUGACCAAAACUGUGAAAUGAUUAAAUGUAAGUCAAUGGAUGGCACA